AACCCGCAAGCGAUCAUGGCCCAGCAGCUAGCCCUUCAGCAACAGGCAGCAGCCCAGGCCCAGGCCCAACAACAGGCAGCGCAGCAGCAAGCUCAGCAGCAGCAGGCCGCGCAGCAACAGGCAGCGCACAACCAGCAAAUGGCGGGCCAUAACCAAGCACAGCACAUGGCGAUGAAUGCUCAGCCCAUGCAGGGUAUGCCACAGCCAAAUCCCAUGGCAGCUCAGCCGUCAAUGGGCGCACAGCAGCAGCCGGGCCAGCAGCCGCCAGGCCAGGCCCAGCCGCAAUCCCAGCAGCAACCCGGUCCCCAGUCGCAGCCGACGCCGCAGCAAGUCUCACAAGCCGGCACACCUGCACCGACGGGGCAACAGACUCCUCAGACACCCGCACCGACUCCGGCUCAGGCGAAUCAGAUGCAACAGGGCCAGCCCCAGCCUCAACAGGCCCAUCCUCCGAAUCAAAACCAGAUGGCCGCCGUUGCAACCCAGCAACUCAUGGCCAACACCCUGAUGCAGCAGCAGCACCAGCAGCAACUAAGAGAAGGGAUGAAGACAAAGUGUCUAUUAAGACUGAUGCACUUUGGCGAAUGCCUAAGUACCUUCCCUGGAGCAAAGAACAAAGAGGAUCUCACGUACUGGAGUAGAGUUGUAUCCCAGUUCUUCUCAUCACCCAACGGUGUCUUCCGCCACUCAUUCCACCCUAGCGAAAAGGAAGAUGUAGCAGAUAAGCAAUAUGAAAUUGCUUAUCCAGUAAUUGCUCGCUAUCUCCAUACCUAUUACAGCAGUGGCGUCAAGAGUAUACAACUCAUUCUCGACGGCGGGAGCAUCGACAAGGCAUUGCCCGGGGACUGCUACUGUAUCGAGAACCAACGAGCCAGUUUCGUCUAUUGGUUCGAGACAGGCUCACAUCUUGUGGCCAAUGGAACGCUACGUGCGCAAUUUGAUGCCGAACAGAAAAUCGAAUUGUUUGAAUUCCUCACCACAGGACACGAGGAAUUUGUGUCUAUGAGAAGUGUCAUCGAAGCAGCAAAGCCAACACACGAAUGGAUCAAGGAGUGGCGCAGUGUUAACACGAUUGAUGGCAAGCAAUCUCCGGAAAUGUCCAAGAAGGGCAAGUCUCGGCAGCUCAAGUCGCCUCAGAAAGAGCCACCCGGCGUGCUGGUUGACCUCAACUCGGCUGUCAACAAACAAGGAGUCACUCAGGCCGUCCAUCAAUUCCUCGAGAUUGUAGAAGUCAUGGGUCAGAUGAACCCACUGAUUGGGUUCUACAACCAAAACCCUGGCCUGACUCCCUACGGCGCGCUGGAACAAUACGUAGCAACCCAAAUCAAUGGCGCGACCCCGGUUAUGAACGGCCAAGCCAUGGCACAAGCGCCCAGGACACCCGGCUUUGGACAGUUUCCAAUCGGAGCGAGCCCUGCAGCGGUACAUAUGAACCUUCCUGGCUCACCUCACAUUGGCAGUCCUGCGCCAGGCCAAGCUCCUGGCAUGCAGCUCCAGCCAAGCCAACAGGGAACGAGUUCGAGCGGACCAAGUGCAAACACGUCACCGGCCUCUAACAAGCGUCGGCGUCCGUCUACUGUCAAAGUUGAGGAUGAUUCCGUCGCGCCAGGCGCUGGCCAAGUCAACGGCAUACAGAACAGGGUUAAGCCUCAGACUCCUCGGAUGGCAAAGCGUGUCAAGGCCAACCCAGCUUGA